UUCCCAAAAGAGAUUUAAAAGAAUCCGCAGAAACAUGAAAGCGAAGCAGAACAUCGACGAAGUUUCGUGAGGGUUCCGGUGACGCAAAUCUUCCGACGAAUACUUCUCGGCGUGGGUUCGAACUUUCGGAUUAAUCAAGCUUCUUCAGACACUCACUUCAAACUCUUCCUCACUGCAUUUCCUAUCUAAUCUCCACCAUGUUGCGCAGGUCAAUUUUGCGGCUUUCGUCAUGUCGAUUAGAUGGAAGAAUUCCUAUCCAGAUUACAUCUCAGAUACCUUCAUAUCUUUCUUCCAGGAGAGCAAUGUCAGCUGCAUCUCAGCAUAAUGAACCUCAGGGACCAGGUUCAGCUGAUAAAGCUGAGUCUGGGAGUUCUUUGCCAAAAAUCUUGGUUGGAGGUGUUGCAUUAGGUGCUGUAGUCAUGGGAGCUUACCACACUGGUUAUCUGGAUAGAUUUUUUGCUAAAGAGCCACAUGGCACCGCGGAGUCUGCCAAGGUCGCUGCUGUUAGUGAAGAGCAACCGGAUUUAAGGGAAGAUAGUAAAAAAUCCCUAGUUGAUGAAGAUAAGAUAGAGACAAUUGCUAAUCUUAAAUAUGAGCAGACAAGUAUACCAACUCCCAAAAUGGAACACGAGGAGAAAAGCAUGUCAUCUGAUUCAGAUCCAUCUCCAAGAGAAGAUUUAAGUAGAAGACAGGAAGAAAGUCACUUUCACAUGAAAGAUAAGCCAGAUUUGAAAUCAGAUGAUAUCAAUCAUAUUCAAGAGGAAGAAUUGCCCAGCUCCCUAGGAAGUGGUACUCAAUCUGAUGAUUUAAGUGCUAAUCUUGGUAAGCCUUCUGAAGGGAGUCUUACCAUGAACAGUUCAGAUGUCAAAGUUGAUAGUGAUCAGCAAAAGGCUGUUGAAAUGACACCACCAUUUACUCGGGAUGAUAAAGCUGCUGCUGAAAAUGAGACGAAUUCUGUGCCUGUUCAAUUCAAUAGCCAAGACUCACCUAAGGAGAAUCUGGCCGGUGCACGAAGACAAACUAGUUCCCUCCUUGAUGAUUACAAUUUGAAAAGCGAUGGAAACGAACCCACAUUGGUGUCAACCAGUAAAUCUCAGGGUUUACCUGGGACUAUCGAGGAGAGCUAUAUAUCUGAGGAUGGAAAACUCGUGAUUGAUUUUCUACAAGCCAUUCAUGCAGCUGAGAAACGACAAGCAGAGUUAGAUGCUCAUACUUUUGCUGAACAUAAAAGAAUGCUGAAGGAAAAGUAUGAGAAGGAAUUAAGGGAUGCUAGGGCCAGGGAGCUUAUGUAUGCUGAAAGGGAAGCCAUUCUGAAUAAGGAAUUAAACAAAGAAAGAGUAAAAGCAGCUGCAGCGCUUAAAUCACUUCAAGAAAAAUUGGAGGAGAAACAUAAAAUGGAGCUUGAAAUCAAGAAAAAUGAAGCAGAAUUGGAGAUGAAAAAAUUGCAGGAGCUAGCCAAAGCGGAAUUGGCUUCAGCAAUUGCAAGUGAGAAGGCAGCCCAAAUCGAGAAAAUGGCUGAAGCAAAUGUUCAUAUAAAUGCCUUGUGCAUGGCAUUUUAUGCACGCUCUGAGGAGGCUCGCCAGAGUCAUUCUGUUCACAAGUUUGCUUUGGGAGCUCUUGCACUGGAAGAUGCCCUGACCAAGGGUCUGCCAAUUCAGAAGGAAAUGGAGGCUCUGCAUACUUACCUCGAAGGCAUUGACAAAGACUCACUUUUAGAUUUAGUUCUAUCAUCAAUUCCUGAAGAGACACGGAUAAAUGGUACUGACACUGUGUUGCAGUUGAAUCAUAAGUUUGAUGCCUUGAAAGGGACAUUAAGGCGUUACAGCUUAAUUCCACUUGGAGGAGGCGGGAUUUUGGCACAUUCAUUGGCUCAUGUUGCUUCCUGGCUGAAGGUUCGGGAAGCUGACCAGUCUGGUGAUGGAAUUGAAUCUCUCAUGAACAGAGUUGAUAGCUUCUUAGCUGAAGGAAAACUCAGUGAAGCUGCUGAUGCCCUUGAGAAUGGUGUAAAAGGAACCCAAGCAGCAGAAGUUGUUGGUGAUUGGGUUCGGCGAGCGAGGAACAGAGCUGUUACGGAGCAAGCUUUAACCCUUUUACAAUCAUAUGCUACAUCCAUUAGCCUGACGUAAUCCAUUCGAUUGCCUGUAUUUUGAGUGUAAUUUCUGCUCAAACCCCCCUGAUGAUUAGAAACUUAUUGGCUAUUCCACAUGAGCCUAAACGAAGUGUGCUUUUCAGGUAUAACGUCUGAGGGAACUUGUGAGGAUUGCAGCAAAUUUUUCACUUGUUGCAACCCGGUAUAUCAUGUUUAACUUUCAAGAAAAGACUGAAUUUUUUGUCCAAAAUGUACGAUACAGUUAAAAGUAAAGUUUCCAGAAGGAGGGGUGUUGUACACAAUAAAUAGCUCUUCAAAGCGAGGAAAUGCUGAGAAUUCAAAAUCAAGGCACUUAAUUUUGAAAUAUAUGAAGCAAGAUGUCAGUUAGGUUUAUGCAUUUGUAAGCAACAUACUUAUCAAAGGUUUAUGCAUUUGUGAAUCUACCUUUUUGUC